AUGCUAAGGUGUAACCGUCUAGUUGUGCGAUCGGGUUUGCGAAGAUCUUACUCUUCAAUUUCUUCUUCCAAGUACGAAGUGCAGUUGUUUAAUGCUACUGAGAAUAUCAAUAAGCUCUUGGAGACCCAUGAUCGUUCUUCAUAUAUAUUAGCACAGUACGUUCCCGAGCCAGCCCGAAACGCCUUCUUGGCUAUACGGGCUUUCAACUUGGAGAUCAAUAAGAUCAGCGAUGGUGGCAGCAAUACAGGCUCCGUCGCUUCCAAGGCAUCUUCACAACUUUCCAAGUCAAUGGGAAUCUCCACAGCAGACAUGAAGUUCAAGUUCUGGAGUGAUUUAGUCGCCAGGGUGUUCACGGAAGACCCAUAUCUGGAAAAAGACAUCGGUGAACCCAUAGCCAUAUUGUUGAGAGAUGCAUUACGGAACGACUUGAACUUAGACGUUACUUAUUUCCAUCAAUUCCUACAGACUAGAAGGCAAUUCUUGAAGUCCCCGACGUUCCAGACUGUAGACGACAUUUGUUCCUACGGUGAAGGAACCUACUCCCAAUUGAACUACCAGACUCAAGCUCUAUUACUAUCUCCGUCCAUAUCGCCUUCUGUGAUUAGUCUUUUGGAACAAUCAACAUCGUUGCAGUCUAAGGUAAGUGAUAUCGCUGCACAUAUCGGGCAAGCCACAGCUGUCGGUGCCAUGAUCUUGGGAAUGAACUACUAUGCUACGUCCAGAAACCAGGUCACGUUGCCUGUGAAUUUGAUGUCCAAGUACGACUUGUCCCAGGAGUCAGUGUUGAAAUUGGCCCAAGGACACGUGAAAGAGAAGACAGAGGUAGAUGCUAUCAGAGACAAGUUGAAAAAUAUCGUUUACGAAACAGCCACAACAUCCAAUGAUCAUAUCCUUACAGCCAGGGCCAAGUUAUCACAAUGCAAACAAGAGAUCAACGAGAUAGUCAGGGCCAACAUGCAUGACCAAUUACUUCAGAAGAACUCCAAGCGUUGGCGGAAGUUCAUGCCAGAUGUAAUUUUCACUCCUUUCAUGGUAGCCAUUCCUACGACGUUGUACUUGAACAAGUUAGAGAAACACGACUUUGAUAUUUACCACCACAAGAUGCAGCAGAAGGAAUGGCGGUUGGCGUGGACUUCGUUCAAGGACUACUACCAGAGAACGAUAUAG